CUUAUCUUGUUUGAUUUCUAGAUUUUUAUAUUCAGAUGAAGUUCAGAUUGGUCCUGAAACUGUUAUGACCACUCUCUAUACAGCUAAGAAGUAUGCUGUCCCUGCCCUGGAAGCUCAUUGUGUAGAAUUUCUCACUAAACACCUUCGGGCAGAUAAUGCUUUUAUGCUGCUUACUCAGGCUCGUUUAUUUGAUGAACCCCAACUGGCCAGUCUCUGUCUUGACACAAUAGACAAAAGUACUAUGGAUGCAAUAAGUGCAGAAGGCUUUACAGAUAUUGAUAUAGACACACUGUGUGCAGUACUGGAAAGAGACACUCUCAGUAUUCGAGAGAGUAGGCUCUUCGGAGCUGUUGUUCGUUGGGCUGAAGCUGAAUGUCAGAGGCAACAGUUACCUGUCACCUCUGCCAAUAAACAGAAAGUUCUUGGCAAAGCUCUCUCUUUAAUCCGUUUUCCACUCAUGACCAUUGAAGAAUUUGCAGCAGGUCCUGCUCAAUCUGGAAUUUUGUCAGAUCGGGAAGUAGUAAAUCUCUUUCUGCACUUUACGGUCAACCCUAAACCUAGAGUUGACUAUAUUGACCGACCAAGAUGCUGUCUUAGAGGGAAGGAGUGCAGCAUAAAUAGAUUCCAACAAGUGGAGAGUCGCUGGGGUUACAGUGGAACAAGUGACCGGAUCAGGUUCACAGUUAAUAGAAGAAUUUCAAUUGUGGGAUUUGGAUUAUACGGCUCUAUUCAUGGGCCCACUGAUUAUCAAGUUAAUAUACAGAUAAUUGAAUAUGAGAAAAACCAGACUCUAGGACAAAAUGACACUGGAUUUAGCUGUGAUGGAACUGCCAGCACCUUCAGAGUUAUGUUCAAAGAACCGAUAGAGAUUUUGCCAACCGUGUGUUACACUGCUUGUGCAACCUUGAAAGGUCCCGAUUCUCAUUAUGGCACCAAGGGACUGAAGAAAGUGAUCCAUGAAUCUCCAGCUUCAAGCAAAACCUGCUUUUUCUUUUUUAGUUCCCCGGGUAAUAACAAUGGCACAUCUAUAGAAGAUGGACAGAUACCGGAAAUUAUAUUUUAUACGUAACUUCAGAAAACUGAGAUGGAGCAAAAAAAAAAAAUUGCUUUGAAAAUGAACAGAAGGGAAACAUGAAAUACUGUGAAAUUUUGUAAAUACAUAAUCUCAGAUGCGUUAUAAAACUGUCUUGUACAUGGAAGGUACUAAACACUAGUAUUCUCUACUUGCAAUGAUGAUACUCAGCCAAACUUCCUUGAACUAAAAUAUUCUUACCUGUACAUAAAUACUUAACAUGGUCAUUUUAAAUAUGCUACCCGUAAUCCGGAAGCUGAGAAAGAACAUUUUUUUUCCUGAAAUACACGUGCUGCAGAUUAUAUAUCUGUGGAUGUUGUGAUUGUGCUCCUGUACAGUGCAACACGUUAAACUGAAUUGUCAUUCUUGAAACUAACCACGAAGCAGAAUUAAGGAUGAUACUGAUUCAUCUGUAAUUGUACUCAAUACAUGUAUAUAAACUUAACUAGUUUUGUUGUGUACUGGAAAAAUGUUAUUCAGAAGUCAGUUGUAUGGAGCUAUUCUUUAACUAUAAAGUGAAGUGUGGAUGAAA